AUGGAAUUUAAGGAUUUUAUCACUGAGGCGAAUCUCACAAAUAUUGGUUUCUCUGGUGCUCGUUUUACCUGGUGCAACAACAGGCACGGUAGGGCAAGAAUUUGGAAGAGAUUGGAUCGGGUUUUGGUGAAUGAGGGAUGUCCGGACUCGGGAUUGAUGUUGGCGGUAUCUCAUCUAGCCAGGGAGUCAUCUGAUCAUGCUCCGCUCCUGAUGUCUGUCUCCACCAGACUCGAUAAUAAACCGAGUCCCUUUAAGUUUCUUAAUGUUUGGACGGGGCGUGAGGAUUUCUUACCAAUGGUUCAGGACUCCUGGGGACAGCCGUGUCCUGGCUCUCCUCUGCAAGUUCUUUGUUGUAAAUUAAAGCGACUUAGGGGUGCUAUCCAAGCGUGGAAUAGGGAGGCCUUCGGGGCUAUAUUUCAGGCAGUUAGGCAGAAGGAAGAGGAGGUGAGACUUGCGGAGUUACGGGUGGAAAGUGAUGAAUCGGAAGACGCUAGGGUGAAUCUACACCUUGCUCAAGGCCGGUUGCGUGCUGCCUUGAGAGUGGAGGAGAUGUGUUGGAUGCAAAAGGCUCAGGUGAGGUGGCUUCAGGAGGGAGAUCGCAAUACAAGGUUUUUUCAUUCUGUGGUCAAACACAGAACGGUACGGUCGAUCAUUCAUAAGAUUAGGAAUGGUAGAAGGGGGUGGGCUGAGUCGGAGGAGGAGAUAGGUGCUGAGGCAGUGCGAUACUUUGAGGGUUUGUUUACGGCUCAACAUACGACAUCUUCUUCUAGUUUGCUUAACCAUAUUCCAAAAAUGUUGGCAGCUGAGGAGAAUGAAUUGUUGGAGCAGGUCCCCUCUGAGGAGGAGAUUCGUGGUACGGUGUUUGCGAUGGAUGGGGAUAGUGCACCGGUCGGAUGGAUAUACGGAGCAGUGGGUAGCUUUUUCUGUGGGGCUGAGCUACCACGUGCAAUUAUAGCGACCUCCAUUGUGCUUAUUCCUAAGAUUGAGCAUCCCCAGGACUUUUCGCAUUUCCGUCCGAUUAGCUUGUGUAACUUCGUUAACAAGCUAAUUUCGCAGAUUUUGGCGGAUCGAUUGGCUCAAGUACUUCCUAAGAUCAUUUCCCCACAGCAUAGUGGAUUUGUUCAGGGACGGCUCAUAUCAGAUACCUUCUUGCUUGCGCAAGAAUUGCUCUCUAGCAUGGGUAGAAAUUCUAGAAAACCCGAUGUUGCUCUUAAGGUUGAUAUGUCGAAGGCUUACGAUCGUGUCUCUUGGGUGUUUUUGACUAUGGUUUUGCGAAGAUUUGGAUUUGGAGAGCAAUGGAUUGAUAGGAUUUGGAGAUUGGUGUCGAAUAUCUGGUUCUCAGUCUUGGUUAAUGGAGCGAGUGUGGGGUUUUUUAAGUCCACACGAGAGAUUCGGCAAGGCAACCCAUUAUCCCCAGGUCUAUUUAUUAUUGGCGCAGAGACGAUUGGAGGGUAUGAAGCAAUAUCGGGGCAGAAGAUUAAUGUACAGAAGUGUGGUUUCUUGGCUCAUGAUAAGUUACCUAGUUAUUGUGCGGCAAGGGUUCGACGAGUAACGGGGUUUGGCCUCAAAUCAUUUCAUGUGUGGUAUUUGGGUUGCCCACUUUUCACAGGGCGUGGAAGACAUGUUCUCUCAGCAACUCCGACUCACUUGCUUGCGGCAUCCUGUUCCCCAAAGGGAGUCCUUGCCUUGGCUGAACGGGCCAUGGCCAAUUUUCUUUCGGGGGAGCGGAAGGGUGGAUUCCGGCAUCAUUGGAUAAAAUGGGAGGAUCUGUGUGCCGAUCCAUCUCAGAGGGGUAGGUGUUCGGUCGUUACUGGAGGUCCAGGUAGCUCAUAUGUGUGGCGCCGCAUGCUUCAAAUACGUGAGGUGGGGGAGCAAAAUCUCUGGUGGCUGGUCCGAUCUGGCCAGUGUAAUUUCUGGUUUGAUAAUUGGUUGGGAUCCGGUCCUCUAUGUCAACGACUACACAGUGUUUCAGACCACUCAGUAGGUGAUUUUGUGUUGAAUGGACGGUGGAAUCAACAACUAUUGCAGCGCUGGGUCUCGGAUGAUGUAGUCUCAGAGAUCGUUACCAAAUCUCCCCCAAUGGGGUCCGCGGAAGAUUGUGCGGUGUGGGCGUUAACGGAGUCAGGGAAUUUUUCGAUUGCUUCUUCCUAUGUGCUUCUGGGCAGGUAG